CAUGAUAGAUGUAGCAUCCACCGAUUGGGUAAUCAAAGCCCUCCUGCUCAGAUUUAGACUAAGACCAAACUUUAGCCACGCCUCCCUUGGGCGCUCCUUUCCCAGUUUUGUCUUAGUCUAUGCUCAGAGAGGACACAGUUUUGUUAGCUCCUCAGCAAUUGUUAGUUUAAAUAGUGUAGCAUUAGGAUUGCUAAUAUAGCUUCCUGUAAUGUACUCUUUACAUAAUUUUUGUUUUUUUAGUAAAGGAUAGUGAAUUAGCAACCUUGGAGAUUUGCUUUCCAGAGGGCCUAAUUGGCCUCGUGGAUCGUCGGAGCUUUGCCGCUGAAGCGGCUUUCAGCUCAGAGUAUCUGUUCAGCACACCGAGGGAGGCUUCCCUUGUGUUUGAUAACAAUUUUUAUUGCCAGCGUUUCUGGAGAAUUCAGCCGAUUACCAGAGCUUCUCUCUUGCCUCGUGGCCACGAGGCUCUAUCCAGGAUCGCACAGAGACUCGCCCAGACUGCAGAAUCGCAAGUAGUUUGUGGUGCCUUAUAGCUGUAAGGGGGGAAGUGUGUGUAAGGUUCCCUCCGUCUUUUUGCCUGCCUGAACGGGGACUUCAAAGACGAGGCCGGAGAAGCUGUCUUAACAGCUCUGACUAAGAGGAGAGGCCAUUUUUAGGCGGAAAGAAGACCUGUGGCCGCCAUUUUGAAUUUGGUGCUGGGCGUGGUCGCCAUUUUAAGGUUGCUGUUUGCCUCCAAUUCAGGCCUAGCAUUAGUGACUCACUGCGUUGGGUCCUCUUGGGGGUUUAGCUGUUGUUUUUUCGACACAUUGCUUCUCAGAGAUUUAUUACAAAAAUAAAAUAAAAUAAAAAUAAUAAUAACAAUAAUAACACCUAUUAUCUUAAAUUGUGGGGUUCCUGACCUGUUCUAUUUAGCUCCCGGCGCUGUGCCGGCAGGGCCCAGCAGACAGUUUUAGACAGCUGUUCUGUCUGUUUGCCAUUGUGGUUGUCUUAGGGCGUGGGAAGCUUCCCUCCUGGACAACUUGAUCUGCGUAGUUACCCCCACCCCAGGGCUUCUCCUACCUGGAAAGCCUGGGCAAAAUGGCAGAUGGUGAGUCUCCUCAGGCUUUGCAGGGUUCUGAUAUUCCCCCCAUUCAAGCAAAACGCAGAUCCUCUGAUUCAAAUACAGGGGGGAAGAAAAAAAGCUAAAACCAAGCAUUUAUCAACCAAAGAACCCUCCAAGACUGCUGAGCGAGAGGCUUCGAAGAGACACCAGGCACUGGAUCAAGAGUUCUCCAAAGCACAAAGGCUCAGGUCCAGAGAAGCUGAAUUGGUUCCCCCUGCUUCUCUGGCCAGCUCACCUUAUGAGCCCUCACUGGUGCCGUCUUAUCAAGCCCCCAGGGCAGGGUCUCCUCAAGGGGGAACUGAACAGGUCAGUCUAUCUGCCCCUAGACAACAUAUCCCUACAUCCCCUCUGCCAGGGCCUUCCAUUUCUCCUGCUAACAUUAGUACGCAUACUCCUGAGACCACUGCUGCUGGUGUGCCUUCAGCUGAGCGAUCCUUAUGGGCUGAACAGUUUCAGAGCUUUAUGCACCAGGCCUUCAAUCAAUUCAUGUCUUCUUCCUUAGCAGCUGGUCCCUCACAGGUUUCACCUUCUCCACCCUUGCCCGCAGACCGCACUGGACGUCCCCAGUCAGCGGGUUCAGGUAUUUCUGAGACUUCAUCUCAGUUUGGGGAGACUGAAUCUGUUGACCUGGUGACAACUGAAGGACCUAUGUCUGAGGAUGAGGAGGUAAAUCAGGAUCCAACCCCAACAUCGGGGCUUUUUGAUCCAAACCUAUUCAAAUCUCUUUUGUUAAAAGCCUGCACAACAGCCAACCUGGUCUCGGAGCAGGAACCCAAGCCAUCUACCUCGGCUACACAAGAGUCAAACCCUUUAUUUGUUAGAAAGGUGGUAGAGGAAAAACAAGUUCCUUGUCCAGCUGUUUUCCACAAGACGGUGGAAAAAGAGUGGACCUCACUGGCCACCCUACCCUCUCCUAGCAGCACAGAAAAGAGAUUGUAUAAUGUAUCUUCUGCAUUCUCUUCCCUUUUAGAGGUUCCCACAGUGGAUGCUCCAUUAACAUCUUUGUUCUCCACAUCCACUGUUCCUGGAGACAUGGCCAAACAUCUCAAGGCGGAAGAUAAACGUUUUGAGUUUUCUCUCCGCAGGGCUCACCAGGCCUCUGCCUGGGCCAUCAGGGCGUCUUCGUCCUCGUCCUUUUUCGCGAGAACUUCUAUCAUGUGGCUCCGGGAACUACAGGCAUUAAUUCCUCCAGACCAGAAGUUUAAGAUUCCCAAGGGGAGGCUGGGAAUAACCAGGACAGAAGAUCUGUCUCUGCAGGACAUGAAGAAAAUUCCUACCCUAGCACUCAUUGAACUAACCGCACUCUGUGAUAUUGUUGGUUUAGAGCUGAAGAGGAACAAGGCAGUUAAACGAAAGUCAUCAGAGCGCAAACUUUUUGGAGUUGCACUUGGCACUUUGCUGGAAAAUGAUCAAAAGCUCCUUCCAAACACCAGGGUUCCACUGAUUCUGCAAGCGUUGCUUUCAUGCUUGGAAAAGAAAGGGCUGGAUACAGAAGGAAUCCUGAGAGUUUCAGGAUCCCAGUCUCGCAUUAAGUGUUUGGAACAAAAACUGGAAAAUGAGUUCUACACUGGCUUCUUCCGGUGGGAUGAGGUGCAUCAAAAUGACGUCUCUGGUCUGCUGAAGAGAUUUAUUCGAGAGUUACCCACACCUCUUCUAACAGCAGAAUACUUGCCUGCCUUUGCAGCUGUGCAGAAUAUCACAGAUUUGAUACAGAGGCUGCAGGCUCUCAAUCUGCUCAUACUGAUUUUACCAGAACCUAACCGAAACACCCUGAAGGCACUACUGGAAUUCCUUAAGCUGGUAGUUACCAAAGAAAGAAAAAACAAGAUGAGCCUUUGGAAUGUUUCCACAGUGAUUGCUCCAAAUCUCUUCAUGCAUAAGAGUUUGCCAAGCAAGAUCCCAGAAGGAAAAGAGAAGCAGCUGGCAGAAGGAGCAGCAGAUAUUGUUCGAAUGAUGAUCCAUUAUCAAACUUUGUUCUGGACUGUUCCUUCUUUCUUGGUAACUCAAAUAAGAAAACUGAAUGAGAACAGCAGCUGGAAGUAUCAGUUCUAUGACAGGAGGAUCAAGAAUCUGUUAAAAAAGAUUCAUGCAGACAAGGAAAAGACAGAAAAAAACAAUGUUGAACCUUGCAAAAUUGUCAAAAUCCAGACUUCCUUGUUCUUAAAAGACUCGCUGGAAGUUCAUUUAACUCAUGGAACAAAAGUAGCUGAUGUUCUGAGACAGUUCCAGAAGAACCUUGGUCAGAAUGGCUGGAAUAUUGUCAGCACAGUCAACAUUAUCAAAUGUAAUGGUUCAGUGGAUUCAAUGAACUUCCUACUUUAUGAAGUUGGCGGUAACAUAAAUGAACAUUGCCUGGAUCCAGAUACAUAUCUUUUAGACCUGUACCAUGUGAAUCCUCAUGCAGAAUGGAUUAUAAGGCAAACCCCAUCUUUUCCAAGAACACCUUAGGGAGACUGCUUUGUAAAACAACAACAACAAUGGAACUAAGAAUUGUUUAAACAAAGAUGAAAUGUUGGAACCAAGCACCAUAUGUUCAUGAAGAUAACAAUUUAAAUGGAGCAGUAGCUCCAAAAUUGGAAAAUUAGCAGUUCCCUUUGAAUGAGACAUAGCCAAUAGAAGAUGACAGUAUUGAAUGAUAACAUGGCUUAUAUCAUAGAAAAGCUGGUAGGAAAAAAAAAAAAGGACGGAAGGCAUUUGGAAAAACUCAUGCAGAUAAUCUGAUUUUAAGGUUUGUUCACAUUAGAGCAUAUCUCAAUAUGCAAUAGCUGGUUAUCAGUGUUGACUUUUAUAAUGUGAAACUGAAUAUUUGAAUUAAGGCUUCUGGUACAACGAUAUAAUUUUUUAAAAAUAUUCCUAUUGCUUUAUUUCUGGAGAGCUUAAUUGAUAACCAGCUGCCUAGAAUAUAGGAGGAAAAUUGAUUACUAUAGUGGGAGUACUGCUUUAAGAAUGCUUCUGUCCAUGAAUGGGGUGAUCAUGCUAUACACAAGUAAUAACUGUAAGUAAAGAAAGUCUUCUGUAAUGACUUUGAGCAUUGCAGAUUUACAUAGAAGUUGUGUUUGUAUAAGUUCAGUUUUACAAUGACAUUUUAAAAAAGAAUAUGUCACAAUAAACCGUCUCAGUAUUAUUGUUUAUAUACAUUUUUCUCAUAUUCAAAUUGGAUUUCAUUUCGUAAUAUAUUUUCUUCUGCAAAGAUCCCCAAUUAGAAAUUUCUUACAUAUUUUUAAGACAAUUCAUAAGUAUCUGAGCCAUACAAUAAUUUAAUAUUGAUGCUUUUUUGUUUCUUUGAUAUACUUUUUUUAAAAAAAAAUCACUUAUGAAUAUAUUUAGGAAAAAUCUGUUGCAUUCUCAAGAAAGCCAUGAUACUUCACUUGGACAUAAAUGUAAUCCGAUACCAACUUUUUCAAACCACAUGCCAAAGAAAACCCAUGUAUUAGUAACACAAUAUUUUGUAUUUUGCAACUUUCGGAGAAUUCAUUUUGAAGAUUUAUUUUUAAUACAUUGUAUUAGGUAGUUCAUCAAGCCUUGGAAUUUUGUUGGAUGAUAGAAUUGCAGAAGUGUGUGGAAAUGAUGCUGCUAAAAGUGAUAAUUUUAUGUAUAUAAUUUCUCCACCUUCUCAGUGUUUAACCAUCCUGAAACCUGGUACUUUUAGAUGUGUUGGACCUCAGCUUCCCAUAGACCAGUGUUUCUCAACCUUGACAAUUUUAAGGCAUAUGGACUUCAACUCCCAGAAUUCCACAGCCAGCAUUGCUGACUGUGGAAUUCUGGGAGUUGAAGUCCACAUGCCUUAAAAUUGUCAAGGUUGAGAAACACUGCCAUAGACUGACUUAGGAAUUGAAGUCCAAAAUAUACAUGGAAGGAAUUAAGUUGUGAUAAUUACUUCCAUUUAUCACUGUAGUUUUCUUCUUCUAGAUAGUGAUAAUUCCCAAGAACAUUCUGAUAGCAUACAUUGGACUAAUCAAGUAAGCUUAAGUAUAUCAAAGCCUAACUCAGACUAGUUGUUGACUAAGUCCCUUGAAUAUUGAUACAAAUUAUUUUGAUACAUCAGAUGAAACAGAUUCAUACCAGUACAAUAAAUGAUGCAGUUUGUAGAGCAUGCAGAUAGUCAAAUGGAAAAAAAGUUUUGAUCCAUCAGGAGAAACUUUGUGUGAGAUACCGAAAGUGAAUAGUAGUGGAUAAAAAUGUUUACUUUGAUAUUUAUAAAAAUCUCAAUGCUAUAACAAUGAGGCCAGACUUUUUAAAACAAAUAUUGUUGAAAUAGAUUUUUGAGAUAAUAAUGAUAUGAGUGUUAUAAAGGAGACACCUGUAAUAUAUAAGGGAAAACACCCUCCUUAAUUUUGUCCUUAACUUGAUUUUUUAAAAUCAUUUUGAUAUGUUUUGUGUCCUUGUUGACAGUAGUUAAAGCAGUGAAGCAUAAACUGCAUGUUUUUAAUAAUGGUUUUUAUUAAUAUUUUAAUGCUGUGUUUAAAACAGUUAUACAAUAAAUAACUAAACAUAUUUCCAAAAAAAA